AGCUGGGAGGGUCUCUCAUUGUAUGAUCAAGUCAGGGCUAAGAGAAAUAGCCUCUGAAAGAUCACAUCGCAAUGACUUACCACAAGACAUACAAGAAACUUGAUGCUGUUGACCACAGGCCUAGUUCCAGGGGCCCACCUUCAGCCUCUGCCUCAGGACUAUCUGAGAAAUACAAGGACUAUGCCGCCAUUGUAAUAGACACAGGAACAGGCUAUACCAAGAGUGGCCUUGCUGGAGAUGAAAAGCCAAGGUCCAUUGUGCCAAGUAUUGUGGGGGUGCCCAGGUACAAAACAAGGGAAAGCCCUUUGUACUACAUUGGGAAAAGUAUCCCCAAAAAACGCUCAGAGGUGAGCACACAUGUGGUGAUGACUCAUGGUGUGGUGACAGAUUGGGAUGCCUUAGAAAUGCUGUGGCACCAUGUCUUCUACACAGAGCUCAGUGUGUGCCCUGAAGAACUAGCUGUGCUGGUCACAGAUGCACCCAUGAGCCCAACUACUAACCGUGAGAAAAUGGCAGAGCUGCUUUUUGAGAACUUUGAGGUGCCAGCCAUGUUUGUUGCUCAUCAGUCCCUUUUGUCUGUGUAUUCCUAUGGGCGUACUGGUGGGCUCGUGAUUGGGUCUGGCUAUGGGACAUCCUAUACUGCUCCUGUGCAUGAUGGAUAUGUCUUACCUCAUGCCACCUACCGGCUGGACAUAGCAGGGAGAGCCCUGUCAAACUACUUGGCCAAGCUGAUGGGAGAAUCUGGAAACCCUUUUCACAAAGAUGAAAUGGAUGUGGUAUGUCAGAUCAAGGAAAGGUGCUGUUACAUCCCUGAGGAAUAUGAGUCUGAACUGAAUGCAGAUGAGAAGAAUUAUCUCAUGGACUACACUCUUCCUGACAGGCAGGUCAUCUCCAUUGGUAGUGAACGCUUUCGCUGCCCUGAGGUCCUCUUCAAUCCUACCAUGCUGGGCUUCCCAGAGGUGGGGCUUCAUAUCCAGGCCAUAAACAGUAUCAGAAAAUGUAAGCCAGAGCGGCAAGCAGAGCUGCUUUCCCAUGUACUGCUGGCUGGUGGCACCACCAUGCUCCGUGGCUUCUCUGAAAGAGUUAAAAAGGAACUGCAGAAAAUAGAGCCAAAGAGCAAUGUAGGCAUCUUGGCUUCCCCCAACCGCACCUUCUCUGCCUGGCUGGGGGGCUCCAUUGUGGCCUCACUCAACUCUUUCCAGAAUGUGUGGAUCAGCCGCCAAGCCUACAAUGAGAAGGGGCCAUUUGUUGUCCACCGGCAUUGCUUUUGAUCUGGGAGGAGGGGAAAGGUGUGUUCAAGGGAAGUCACCCUGACAACAUGCUAUUGUUGAAUGUGUAGCUGCUGAGUCCAAUUCUUCAUCCAUUUUGUAGAGGGGAAAGAACAGGGAAUGUUACUACAAUAUUCUUUCCCAGUCUGGCAGCCUCUGGAUGUGUUGAACUACAA